AUGUCUCAGAAAAAAGCAGAUUUUGAUUUCCUUGUUAAAUUACUUAUCAUUGGAGAUAGUGGAGUUGGCAAAACUUGUUUGUUAAUGAGAUAUUGUGAAAAUCUGUUUACAAAUAAUCAUUUGACCACUAUUGGAAUAGAUUUUAAGUUAAAGACAAUUGAAGUUGGAGGCAAGAAGGUUAAAAUAUAAAUCUGGGACACUGCUGGUUAAGAGAGAUUUAGAACCAUCACUUAAACUUAUUACAAGGGAGCCUAAGGAAUAAUUUUGGUUUAUGGAGUUGACGAUAGGGUUUCAUUCUAAAGCAUAGAAAAUUGGAUGAAGUAGAUCAAUACUCAUGCCUAAGAGGGGGUGAGUAAAUUGCUAGUUGCAAACAAAAGCGAUUGUGCUGAUAGAGUAGUUUAGACUUAAGAAGGUCAAAGAUUAGCAGAUCAAUAUGGCAUCCCUUUUUUUGAAACUUCUGCUAAAAAUGGCACCAAUAUCUAUGAAAUUUUCAAUUCUAUUGCCAAAAUGGUUAUAGAUAAACAAAACAAGGAUCCUCUUGAUCGUCCAUCCAAUGUUUAAUUAUCAUAGUAACCUCAAAGCGAGGUUUAAAAAAAAUAAGGAGGAUGCUGCUGA